GUCUCGACUCCUGCAAACCAGGCACGAUUUUCUCAAGCGUACGAGAGCACCGACUUUAAAUUUAGCUAUGUAUACCUUUAAAUGAGAUCAUGUUUCUUUGAGUAGCAUGCUUUAUGAAUAGGGACGUUCGCAGACUGUUAAAUGUUCUCUUGCGGUAGUAGAAAGACGUCUUGUGUCUUGUUAAUAUGUCAGACAGUGCGCUAUGAUUGCUCCAAGAGGCAUGCCAACCUCGCCUAAUUAAGUCACAGUGCUGUUUCUCCAACUUUAAUUGCUUGCGUCGCUACCUCUGUAAUCAAAUAAUUGCGCGGACUAGAUUUAUUUUUUCGGCGUGAAAAGCUCGUUCGCUUGAGCUUUCUGUUAGAUUACUUUUAAACAACCAUGGCUCCUAAGAGAAGACCCGUUCCUCUAACCAUAACGCCCACCGGAGAUCCGACUUCAGCCAACAUCGACGCUGCAGCGGAGGCAAAUCUGAAGGCCUUGCAUCAGAAGCUUGGAGAGCUAGACCUGGAUGACCAGCAGCGUAAAAGAUUAGAGGCUUUCCUCACUCAGAAAGCCCAGGUCGGCGAACUCAAAGAUGAUGACUUCCAUCCCAUAUGUGAGCUGGGAGCCGGUAACGGUGGAGUGGUCCACAAAGUCCGUCACAAACCCUCCAGACUCGUCAUGGCCAGGAAACUCAUUCAUCUGGAGAUUAAACCUGCCAUAAGGAACCAGAUCAUUCGUGAACUGCAGGUGCUGCAUGAAUGUAACUCCCCUUACAUCGUCGGGUUCUACGGAGCCUUCUACAGCGACGGAGAGAUCAGCAUCUGUAUGGAGCAUAUGGAUGGAGGUUCCCUGGAUCAGGUUCUGAAAGAAGCAAGAAGAAUCCCAGAGGAAAUUCUGGGUAAAGUCAGCAUAGCCGUACUCAGGGGGUUGGCUUAUCUACGCGAGAAGCACCAAAUCAUGCACAGAGAUGUGAAGCCCUCCAAUAUCUUGGUGAACUCCCGUGGGGAAAUCAAACUUUGCGACUUUGGCGUUAGUGGCCAGCUCAUAGACUCCAUGGCCAACUCCUUCGUGGGGACGCGUUCCUACAUGUCGCCGGAGAGACUGCAGGGAACUCACUACUCGGUGCAGUCGGACGUGUGGAGCAUGGGUCUGUCCCUGGUGGAGCUGGCCAUCGGCCGCUACCCCAUCCCCCCGCCCGACGCCAAGGAGCUGGAGGCCAUUUUUGGCCGGCCCGUGACGGAUGGGACUGGGGUGGGGGGGCACGGCACCUCCGCUAGAGCGCGGCCACCGGGUCGGCCCGUCAGCGGGCAGGGGAUGGACAGUCGGCCGGCCAUGGCUAUAUUCGAACUACUGGACUACAUAGUCAAUGAGCCUCCUCCAAAGUUACCGCACAGUGUCUUUACCUCAGACUUUCGGGACUUUGUGACAAAAUGCCUCAUUAAGAACCCUGCUGACAGAGCUGACCUGAAGAUGCUGAUGAGCCACACGUUCAUCAGACGUGCUGAGGAAGAGAACGUGGACUUUGCUGGUUGGCUGUGUAAGACCAUGAACCUGAACCAGCCCAGCACGCCGACCCGCACUGCCGAGUGACUGCAUGCCAUUCGUCUGGGGAAACCACCGACCCACUCACCACCCGUCAUCAGAACCGGCUUAGUACAACCAACAGGCCCCGCCAGUGACUUCACGACACGCACGCACGCACACA